CUCCCGCCCGCCUUUGGAGGGGGGUUGGCUGAUGCAACGUGGCCACGCUUGCAAAGAGCCGAGCUCCUUCGCCUGCUCCGCAGGUGUCACAGCGAAGCGAAUGCGUCCGGGCGCACCUCGAGGUACCCUCUUGGAUGUUAAGAUCAGCAGAGGGAGGGUCCUCUUGGUAGUUCCACCACCCUUGGACUUUUGGAGAGUUGUGGCCCAGGAGAGGGCACACUCUGUGGCAACUCCAUAAGCUGUGGGAUUCCCUCCCCACAGAAGUUGCUGCGCUAUGGAGAUUUAAUUUGUGAACUUAACAAGCCAAGUGCUGAGAGGACAGAAAAUGACAGUGGUCAUGCUGCUAUAAACUGUGGUUUGCCUGUUGUAUGCUUGGAUGAGGACACAAGAAACUUCCACUGCAUUGGCUCUCCAAGAUCUUGGUCAGAGGGAAAUAUUUCCUCAGCCGUUUUAAUGGAGAGCGUUUCAGCUGGAAAUACUGUGGACUGAACCUGGGACUUUUUUCUGUUCAAAGCAUGAGGCUUGAAUCCCUUUGUUUUGGAGAGGGGACAACAAGUGUGUGUGUGUGUAUGUGUGUGUGUGCAUCUCACUGCACAUGUAGUUCAUUGAGCCUAUUGGACAUUGCGUCUUCCCACUUACAUGUAUGCGUGUCUUUGUAUGUAUUUAUAAAAAUGUGCCCAAACUCAGUGAAUUGGCUGUAAUUGAGAGGAGGCACAUAACACAAGGGCUGCUUGACACAUAACUGAGAACCUCUGUUUGUAUCAGUGACUUGUCUCUCUCUGUGUGUGUAAACUGAUGGAGUGACACAUACAAGCUUAAUUCACGUUUAACUGUGAGCUUAGUUCACUUUUAACGCUAUAAAGAAUUGUGUAAGCAUGUGCACCAGUGGCUGCACAACAGUGUAAGGGCUGAAGCUCUGUGUCUGCGUGUGCAGGCAUGCUCUAAUGUGUCAGGUAGUUGACUCAUAUGAAUGCACACAUCUGAGAGAUUUUUGUUAAUGUGCAAGGAGUGUAUACACAUGCCGUGGUUCCAUUUCCCCAGCACUGUAGCUCACGUGGGCAUGUGCUAGUGCAGGCAGUUGUAGAAGUAAGUUUUUUUGUGUGCACAUCUGAGUUGCACACACAGAUGUGCAUAGACAAGUGCACAGGUGUGUGAAUGUGCAAGGGCCAUAGGAUCUAGCAGUGUGCAUCAUUUGUGUGUGUGUGUGUGUGGCACGUCCCUCCAUCGAUGGAGAAGUCCAAAGUGGACCUAGAAUCCGCAGCAAACCCUGAAGGCGAAUUCAAUCAAGAUCUGCUCCCCGAUGAACUCAAUGCCCGGCCUGCGUGGGGAUCAAAGGCUCAGUACAUCCUAGCCCAGGUUGGCUUUUCAGUUGGGCUAGGCAAUGUCUGGCGCUUCCCUUACCUUUGCCAUCAAAAUGGGGGAGGUGCUUUCUUGCUGCUGUACCUGCUGCUUCUCUUUGUCAUUGGGAUCCCCCUGUUUUUCCUGGAACUGGCAGCUGGACAGAUUAUCCGACAGGGGAGCAUUGGAGUCUGGAAGUACAUCAGCCCACGCCUGGCUGGCAUUGGCUUUGCGAGCUGUGUGGUUUGUUCCUUUGUUGCCUUGUAUUAUAAUGUCAUAAUUGCGUGGAGUCUUUUCUACCUGGGUAACUCCUUCCAGUUUCCCUUACCCUGGAAUAACUGCCCAGAAACAUCCAAUCAAACUGCUCCAGAAACAGAGUGUGAUGACAGUUCUCCAACUGUCUACUUCUGGUACCGCAAGGCCUUGCAUGUGACCAGCUCCAUCGAGGAGAGUGGAGGGCUUGACCCCGCUCUGACCGGCUGCCUCUUUGCUGCUUGGGCUCUUGUGUGUUUGGCUAUGAUCAAAGGCAUCAAAUCCUCUGGCAAGGUUCUGUAUUUCAGCUCUCUCUUCCCUUAUGUGGUCCUCUUGUGCUUCCUUGUACGAGCAUUGCUGCUAGAAGGAGCAGUUGAUGGGAUCAGAAUCAUGUUCACGCCCAAGCUGUCCAUCUGGGGAGAUAUGCAGGUCUGGCGCCAGGCAGCCACCCAGGUCUUCUUUGCCUUGGGGUUGGGCUUUGGCACCAUCAUUGCCUAUUCCAGCUACAACCCGCGCCACAACAACUGCCACAUCGACGGGCUGCUUGUGUCUGGGAUCAACUUCCUUACCUCAGUACUGGCCACGCUUGUGGUGUUUGCCGUGCUGGGCUUCCGCGCCAACAUCAUCACGCAGGACUGUGUGGAGAGGAAUACAAACAUCCUGUCUCAUCUGGUGCUGAAUGGCUCCCUCCCUGCUGUGCUACUCCAGCAGGGAAACUUCUCCGACCUCUCUGCUGCUGAGUACAGCACUUGGUAUCGGGGACUCCAGAACGACACCGCAGAGAAGUUGCUGCAGAACUGGGAGAUCAGAGACUGCCGUGCAGAGGAUGAGAUGAAUAAGGGUGUGGAGGGCACAGGACUGGCUUUCAUCGCCUUCACGGAGGCCAUGACCCUGUUUCCAACAGCCCCAUUCUGGUCUGUGCUAUUCUUUUUCAUGCUGCUGAACUUGGGGCUGAGCACCAUGCUGGGAAACAUGCAAGGGAUCAUCACCCCCUUGCUGGACAACUUCCACAGCCUACGCCGUCGGCGGACCCUCUUCACAGUGCUAUGUUGUAUUGUUGGAUUCCUGCUGGGCCUGGUUUUCAUGCAGCGCUCAGGCAACUAUUUUGUGAUGAUGUUUGACGACUAUUCGGCCACCCUGCCCCUGCUUAUUGUUGUAGCUUUUGAAGCUUUUGCCGUGGCUUGGAUCUAUGGAGCUGACAGGUUCUCAAGUGACAUUGAAGCCAUGCUGGGCUGGCGGCCUUGGAGGAUAUAUGGCUACAUGUGGCGCUUUGUUAGCCUAGCAUCAAUCUUGUGCCUGCUGCUAGCAAGUUUGGUACGCAUGUUUUUGAAGCGGCCCACCUAUCAAGCUUGGAAUAGAGAAAAGGCAAAGGAGCAGCAGCUGGAGUAUCCACCUUGGGCCCUGGGCCUCCUUGUAAGCCUUAUUGUUGCGGCUGCUCUUCCCAUCCCGGCCAUGUUUUUUCGACAACUCUUGAGAGAGUGGUUUGCCCAGCGUGACAACCGGCCUGGUAUGGUGAUGGCACCUGUACCCACGGAGGAUAAAGAUGAGGUGGCAGAAGAAGAGAGCUCCCCCGCUGAAUGUGAUCGCCAAGGCAAUGGGUACCUGCUUGUCCAGGCAGAAGACAGGCAGGACUGACAGAGGGGCACUUCCAACUGGAAUGUACCGCAUGGAGAUGUGACCUGCCGCACCUCCUUGAUCUUCCUGACCAUUGCUGUGUUUUCCAGCCUCUGAAGGUCUGAAGACUGGGGACCAUGCUUGUUUAGAGACACACCCACACCAGUACUGCAGCUUAAAAAAUGGAUGUGUGUGUCAAAUUGACUUGAGGCAGGAUGCCAAAACAGUGGAGGUUGCUACACAGCUGUUCCCAAUGCCACCUUCACACCCAUUACAGUGAAGGAGGUGAAAAUCUUAUAGGUAAAUGAAAGAGGACCUCAAAAAUUGUAGAAGUGAUGUGAAAGCAUCAAAACUGUUGAAUCUUAUUGCUUUUAUUUUUUAAAAACCCUUGGUGGAUCAACUUGUGGUUUGCACUACUGCCAUGGAGUGCCAUUUCCCUUUCCUAGAGUAGUGAAGUCCCAUUGUAGUGCCUCCAUUAAAAGGAUGGACCAGGAGAUUUGAGAUCUAAGAGCUGAAGUUAUUUGAUUUUGGAGGGCCAUGCACUCCCGAGAGGCAGGGAUGUGAGAACUGUUGGGAUUAGAGAAGGAAAGUAAGGCUUGAGAUCUGUAAGGGAUUGACUUGUUAAAGAUCCACUGCCUCCCCUUCAAGAGCCAGUGUGGUGCAAUGGUUAGAGUGCUGGCCUAUGACCUGGGAGACCAGGGUUCGAAUCCCCACACAAACAUGAAGCUCACUGGGUGACCUUGGGCCAGUCACUGCCUCUCAGCCUCAGAGGAAGGCAAUGGCAAACCUCCUCUGAAUACUGCUUACCAUGAAAACCCUAUUCAUAGGGUUGCCAUAAGUCGGAAACAACUUGAAGGCAAUCCGUCCAUCUGUCACCUCUCUUUCAUUCAUCCGUUCCUACUCUUGUUCCUACUCUUGUCUCUUUCCUUCCUCUCCUUCUGUUGUUUCCCCCACUGUCUAUUACAGAUUGUUAGCUUCUUGAGGGGCAAGGACCUAUUUAUCUUUGCUGAUGAAUCUUUAAGAAUGUGUUAAUCAUCCUGAUCUGGAGAUUGUGCAAGUUCAGCAGUUACUGGCAGGAAGACACUCCUCCUAGUGCCAAUUUCUUCACAACAGAAGAGUCUGCCACAGCAUAAAAGAAGUAAGACUUUGCUUGAAGCUACAGGACAUUAAAGUCAGUAUUUCCCACAACCUGACAAAGUAAUGCUGUGAAAGACUUUGGUUGAUCAUGCAGAUUGGCACAAGACCCGGGACUUCAGAAAAACUCCACCUCUUGGCUGUUAUACUGUUGUAAGAAACACAGGGGCUUAAAAAUGUCAAAUUUUCUUUAUUAUGAGUGUGAGAAUAGAUCAUGCCAAGUAAUUUAUCAACUAUAGUUGGAUUUUUUUAAACUCAAAAGUUUAAAAAAGUAGCAGUCAGUAGACUGUUUUUAAAAUGUUCUCCAUGAGGAAUUGCUAGACGAUGUCAAUGGUUCAGUAAAUUAACUGUACAAGGGAGUUACAUUUUGUUUCUGCAACUUCUCUGUUAAUGCCUGUUAAAGCAAAGCAAGGAACCAGUCCUCACUGUUGGGGUGGUGGGUUGAGUUUAAGAGAUGAGGGGAGCACAAUUUGUGGCCUGGCAGUGAGUUAUACACAGGAGCACAACAACAGCUUGAUCAAAGAGAAUGGUUUUUCCCCUUUUCAAUAAAGCUACAGUAUUUAGUAGAAACAAG